CCUUUGUGUAGAAGAGAGAGCAUCAUGGUGGCCUUCAAAGGGGUCUGGACUCAAGCUUUCUGGAAAGCAGUCACAGCGGAAUUUCUGGCUAUGCUUAUUUUUGUUCUCCUCAGCCUGGGAUCCACCAUCAACUGGGGUGGAACAGAAAAGCCCUUACCUGUCGACAUGGUUCUCAUCUCCCUUUGCUUUGGACUCAGCAUUGCAACUAUGGUGCAGUGCUUCGGCCACAUCAGUGGCGGCCAUAUCAACCCAGCUGUGACGGUGGCCAUGGUGUGCACCAGGAAGAUUAGCAUCGCCAAGUCUGUCUUCUACAUUGCGGCCCAGUGCCUGGGCGCCAUCAUUGGAGCAGGGAUUCUCUACCUCGUCACACCUCCGAGUGUGGUGGGGGGCUUGGGAGUCACCACGGUUCAUGGAAAUCUUACUGCUGGUCAUGGUCUCCUGGUGGAGUUGAUAAUCACAUUUCAGUUGGUGUUUACUAUUUUUGCCAGCUGUGAUCCCAAACGGACUGAUGUCACUGGUUCAGUAGCUUUAGCAAUUGGAUUUUCUGUGGCAAUUGGACAUUUAUUUGCAAUCAAUUACACUGGUGCCAGCAUGAACCCCGCCCGAUCCUUUGGACCUGCAGUUAUCAUGGGAAAUUGGGAAAACCAUUGGAUAUAUUGGGUUGGACCAAUAAUAGGAGCUGUCCUCGCUGGUGGCCUUUAUGAGUAUGUCUUCUGUCCAGAUGUUGAACUCAAACGUCGUUUUAAAGAAGCCUUCAGCAAAGCUGCCCAGCAAACAAAAGGGAGCUACAUGGAGGUGGAGGACAACAGGAGCCAGGUAGAGACAGACGACUUGAUUCUAAAACCUGGAGUGGUGCACGUGAUUGACAUUGACCGGGGUGAGGAGAAGAAGGGGAAAGAUCCAUCUGGAGAGGUGUUGUCUUCAGUAUGACUAGAAGAUAGCACUGAAAGCAGACAAGAACCCUCAGAACUGUCCUCAGAUUUCCUUCCACCCAUUAAGGAAACAGAUUUGUUAUAAAUUAGACAUGUGCAGGUUUGUUGUUUCAUGUCAUAUUACUCAGUCUAGAUCAUAAAUAUUUCAUGAUUUGCCAAGGAGGAAUGGAAGAAACCUAUUGUGAAUUCCAAAUCUAAAAAAAAUAUUUGUAAAGUAUCUGCAAAGCAAAUAUGUAUCUAAUUUGUCUAGUUGCCAUUCAUAAAUAAUCAGUUUAAAAUGUGUAUCAAGAUUUGAUUAAGUCUUGCCUGACAGAACUUGCAGACAUAUCUAUCAGCUUAUUCCUCCUCUACCAUGAAACUGGAAUUGUCAAUCCUUGUUUGAGUAUUUAUUCCAUUAAAUCAAGUUAAUCAAUGGCAAAGUACAGUAUGUCACAGAAUCAUGCACAUUCAAGAGAGGAAAUAUAACAAGCUCUUUUAUGAGCAAUCCCUUAUUUAUAAACUACCUCGGCAAAAGAAUAUUAACAAGGGUCAUUGCUGAUGAAUUGUUUCCGUUUAUAUUUCAAAUACCCAACUUUCAACCCAAACUCCAAUUUAUAAUAUGCCUUCCUCCUCCUGAAUGCCCAAGGUAAUGUGGAACUAAAGCCCAGAAAUUUGAAUGUUCAGAAACCCUGUGUAUUUAUUAAUUCCACCUAUUAAAACAUCCAAAUCAUAAGGAACACCUAUCGAGAUUCAGGAUAAACAGUCUCAUAAGAUCUUAUGGGGGUGGGGAGAAAAUUACCAUUAUACAAAAAUCAUAAGGACAAAGGAAAUCUUUAGUUUAGUAUCAAACAGUUGAUCUGUUUUCAGUGCACAUCCUCAGAUGCACUACAUGAAGUUAACAAUCUAAGCUUUUAACCGCUUAACCACUCUGCUUAUUUUUUUAAAUUUAUUGACAAAACUAGGGGUUUUGUUGGUUUGUAACUUUGGUUAUCUAUAUUUAAACAUUAGCUGAGACAUAUUUUUGACAAGAAGAAGGUAACUAGUUGAAUCCUGACUUUUUGUUGAUUAUUAAGCUCUGCUCACUCUGGAAGGUGCAAGCUGGUCCUGCCCAGUCCCAAUCUCUGUUGCUCUCUCACUUCUCAUGACAUUUGUUGAUAAUCUUCACUGUGUGUGUAAUGAUAUUUUAAUGAAUUAAAUGCAUGAGAGACAAGGAACAACAUCGUUGCAGAAUAAAAGGGUGAAGACAUGAGAACACUGUAGUCAAAGCUGACGAGAUGACCAAUCUCACUUGUGGAGAUGUUAUAUGUAAGUCAACACAUUUUUGAAGUGUUUUCAUUAUUGACUCGUUUAUUUGUCAAAAUAGUUUGUUUUUUCUGUACUGUUUUGCCUUAUGUCAGUAGAAAGGUCUCUGGAAAGCCCAGUUUCAAUCAUCUGAACCGUCUAGUCUAGACUUUAUGUUAGACAAAGAGCUGCAAAUGUCAAUUUCACUGAACAAAAGCUAGUAGUAAAGCAAAAACCUAUCACUGCAAAGAGUGCCUUGUAAAUAGCUGAUAAUCAAAGGUUUUCUUUUCCCACACACAGUUCCAACUGUGUGCCACUUGUUAGUGUUAAUGGCAGUUGUGUGUCUGUGGCAGUAAGAUAAUGGACCACUAUUAAAUCCGAUUCUCUUCAGUGCUAGGAAAGUGAUGCAUGAGGUUCCCAGACAGUUAUCACACACUGUAGCGCCUGAGAGUGCU